AUGGCUUCUGAAAAUAGUGGCGGGGCGAAGGCCAAGAAGCGGCUUGUUGUCAAUGCGUUUGUCGAAAUGUGCAGUGGGCAUCAGUCGCCAGGGUUAUGGAGACACCCAGAAGACCAGUCAUGGAGAUUCACAGAUGUGGAUCAUUGGGUUGAACUCGCGAAAAUGCUAGAGGAGGCCAAAUUCCACGGGAUCUUUGUAGCCGAUGUUCUGGGUGGCUACGAUGUGUAUAAGCAGUCAUUGGAUCCAGCUGUCAUAUCUGGGGCCCAGUGGCCUGUGAAUGAGCCGUUGUCCGUGAUUUCUGCGAUGGCUGCUGCAACUCGCAGUAUCGGCUUUGGCGUGACGGUCUCGACAACGUACGAACAGCCUUACCAUUUGGCUCGCCGGCUGUCAACCCUCGAUCAUUUGACCAAAGGCCGACUUGGCUGGAAUGUUGUCACCAGUUAUCUCGACUCUGCGGCACGCAAUAUGGGGCAGACGCAGCAGCCGCAGCAUGACGAUCGCUAUGCACAAGCUGAAGAGUACAUAAAGGUCAUGUACAAGCUCUUCCAAUCGUCCUGGCGGGAUGAUGCGGUGCAGCUGGAUCGUAAGAAUGGGAUAUACACGUCUCCCGAUCUGGUGAGGCAGAUCAACCACAAAGGGAAAUUCUUGACCGUGCCAGGACCACAUAUUGUGCAGCCAAGUCCACAACGCACGCCGCUUCUCUUACAGGCAGGAACAUCACGCGCUGGCAAGGUCUUUGCGGCCCAACACGCAGCACACUCACCCCAGGUGUGCGCAAAGAACGUUGCCGAGGUUCGCCAGCUCGCCCGCGACCAGUUCGGAAGGAACCCAUCCAACCUCAAAGUUCUGGCGCUUGUGACGCCUAUCCUAGGCAGAACCGAGGAAGAGACACAGGCGAAACUAAAGGACUAUCGGCAAUAUGCAUCUCAUGAGGGCGCUCUCGCCCUCUUCGCAGGGUGGACCGGUAUUGACUUGAGCAAAUACGGAGAUGAAGAGGAGCUGCGCCAGGUGGAAAGCAACGCCGUGAGAUCAACGGUCGAAGGUAUUGGUGGCAAUGGGCCAGUGCUUAUUGGAACCCCAGCUCAGGUCGCCGAAGGGUUAGAGACCUGGGUGGAGGAAGCUGAUGUUGAUGGAUUCAACUUUGCAUAUGCCUUGUUUCCCGGCUCGUUUAAGGAUAUCAUAGAGCUGCUACUGCCCGAGCUCAAAGCCCGAGGGUUGUUCUGGGACGGGUAUAUUGAGGGAGGCACUUAUAGGGAGAACUUCUAUAAUUCACCGGGGCAAAAGGUGCCUCUGGACGAGCAUGUGGCAUCAAAAUAUCAUUGGAAGGCUGGUGCCUCUGCGAGCGAGCAUAAGAUACCAGAGUAA